CUUUGAUUGCCGAGGUUUUCUGACAGAUUUUCGCGUUGCUUGGAGUACAUUGAACCAUGAAUCAUAAAGGACUUCAGCACUCUUUCAUUCUUUAUGUGAUGUGGGUGUUCCUACAAAGCGCGACAUGUAAAUCCAUUUGCUCCGUGGGUUUUCUUAAGAAAACACAGUUCAAUGAAACUAGAGGGAGCUUUUCUAGCCCAAACUACCCGAGCACCUACCCUGACAACACGACCCAUACUUGGGACAUCACCAUGGCAACAGGUGUUCGUAUUCAGCUGUACAUUUUCAUUGACGAGGUUCAGGAGCGAAGACAAGGAAACCAAACUGAUUGCCAGGAUUCUAUAGAAAUCCAAGACGAAGGUAGAGAAAACACGCUGGUAAUGAGGACGUGUGGGAAGCAGAAAGUUUCAUCUUUUUUGUCGCGAGGUGCCAACUUGGUUAUUCAGUUUUCUUCUGAUUGCUCUGUGGGGUUCAAAGGAUUCAGAGCUGUGUUUUCAGCCUUUAAAGACAUAUGUCCCGAAGGCUGGUUUUACUACGAUUAUUCGUGCUACAAGCUAUUCAAAAGCAAGACAACCUGGUAUAACGCUCGUGAAGCAUGCCGGGAAAUGAAUGGUGACCUGGCAAGCAUAUCUAAUGCUGACGAACAACAGCUCAUUUCCGGUAUGACGUCGUGGAAUGGCAAGGAGCACUAUUGGAUUGGACUUCAUGACGUUGAAAGAGAGGGCGAGUAUAACUGGAGCGAUGGAAGAUUGCUUAAAUACGAGAACUGGAAAACCUUGGAGCCAAAUGAUGACCAUGGAGGGGAGGACUGCGUUGAAAUUGCUUCAAAAGAUCCAAAAUGGAACGACGAUGACUGCCAGAAACAUUAUGGUUUUAUCUGUAAGACGUCGAGAGCUCCGACUGUGAACGAAAGGGGAUGGCUUGUAAUGAACUUGCUUUGUGCUCUCACACUCUGUACACUGUAUGUUUACUAGAAAGAAUACUGUACGCCAUUGCAACUGUCCCGUACAUUUAGUCUCCUCCAACAACGAACGUCACCUCUUGGGGAUCCUAUGCUGGAUAUUGGAAGAGGGAAGACUGAGAAUAGAGACUUAAGGACAAGAAGCACAUUUUAACUUCCGUUUUCUCUUCUCCUUUCCUCUCCUCUUCAUCCAUCUACUCUCCCCGUUCUUUUCUCUGUACUACGCAGGACCUUAAAGGUAGAAAUGCUCCGAGGCGGCCAGGUUAAUUAGCAUGCACAAGCGAACAUAGAUUUGUAGAUUUUCCUCUCAUCACAGUUGUUAGCCUGUUGCAGGCUAUCCAUUGUAAAUUGCAUGGGUAUAUACAAUUAUAUAUAUGAAUUAUUGCUGUAUCUUCAAAUAUACAUUAAACGAGGUAAUGGGA